GUUAUCAUAUCAACCCUGCUCAUCCAGCAAUUCGGUGACUGGAUUCGAUCCACUGGCCUCCAUAGUUAUCGCGGCAUUGAUAUUGCUAGUGUUAUCCGCUUGUGCGCGACUCCAUGCACAUGCUUUUGCUCCGUCUGCCCGAGCACUCGCAGAUCGAAGUGCGCUCAGCCAUCAAUCAGAUUACGUGCAGUGUCGGUUGUAUUACGGAUAUGCCUAGGGUGCAGUUUUGGCCGAUUACGGAGGAGCAGAUCAUGGGGAUUGUGCAUGUUGUGGUUGAUCCUGGGAUGAUGUCUGCGGGAGAUGAGAUGCCGCUUUGCGGGACCACUGUUCGAAGUGAUGUUGCGCUUGAGAUUGGAAGCAUUGUGAGAGCCCACGUUUCUGGGUUGCAGGAUGUUUUUGUGCAAGUAGAGGUCAAAUAUUAGUCUAGAUGCUUGACUUUGUUUUAUCGUUAAACGACAAUAGUAUCAUUUGUCUUGACUUGCAUUGUUACAUAAAUACUAAAGAAUAAAACAAAAUACAA